UACAUGGAAUUGUGACUUCCCUUGCAGAAAACGUGAGGAAAACAUUUGUAUCUGCUAAGUAUGGGAAGUGUUCUAGGCAAAAACUGGAACUUACCAGCUGCCAGGAAGCCCAACAUUCAGAAGGGGAAAGUUAUAUCAGAGAGAAGCCCUGUAAAAGCAGUAUAUCCAGGAAAUGUGUUUCCCAAGAUAUGGCGCAUGUGCCUCACAAGAGGCUCCAUGCUGGGGAAAAAGAAAUUUCCGUGAAUGGUUUUGCUUAUACAUUGUUCAAUGUAGACCACCAAGAAGCCCACACAGUAAAGAAACCACACAAAUGCAAGGAUUGUGGGAAAUGUUUUGCUUGGAAAGCAGAACUUGUGAAACACCAGCGAACCCAUACAGGAGAGAGACCAUACAAAUGCAAAGAGUGUGGAAAAUGUUUUACUCAGAAAGCAGUCCUUAUAAAGCACCAGAGAGUCCACACAGGGGAGAAACCAUACAAAUGCCAUGAAUGUGGGAAAUGUUUUGCUGAGAAUUCAGCCCUUUUGAUCCAUCAGAGAGUUCACACAGGAGAAAAACCAUACAAAUGUCAGGAAUGUGAGAAAUGUUUUGCUUGUAAGUCAUACUUUUUGGACCAUCAGAGAAGUCACACAGGAGAGAAACCAUACAAAUGCCAGGAGUGUGGGAAAUGUUUUGCUUAUAGGUCAUAUUUUAAGGGUCACCAGAGAAUUCACACAAGAGAGAAACCAUACAAAUGCCAAGAAUGUGGGAAAUGUUUUUCUCAGCAUUCAUACCUUCUACGCCACCAGAGGAUCCACAUGGGAGAAAAACGGUACCAACACCAAGAGGAUGGGAAUUGUUUUGUUCAAAAAGGAGGCCUUGUGAGCCAGCAGAAAAUUCACACAGGAGAGAAACUAUACAAAUGUCAGGAGUGUGAGAAAUGCUUUUAUCGUAAUUCACAACUUGUACUUCAUCAGAGCACCCACACAAAUAAAAGAAUGCUCACCACAACGUUUCCCAGAUCUGAGAAGCGAGGUGGAAGAAGAGCUUGUUGA